CUUGCAUAUCAAGCAAGAGUUAACGUGUAAAGAAAUAAGAAAAUGGCUUCCGAGCAAAAGGGAGAUGUCUCCAUGAUCGAUCCAUCGCAGUUAUUGCGUCCAGAGCCGGUGUUCAAUGACAAGCCAAUAGAAGCGUUCCGUGACUACACCGUGGAUGACAACGAUCCAAUCAGGGAGCGCGUGCGCAGGACCUACUAUGACAUGCACACUAAUGUUACCGUCGAACUUGUUAAACAGAAGAGAGAGAAAUGGUUAAAAUUCAACACGUUCAAGAGUACCAUCAAGGAUGCUCUGAUCAAGUUGAAUGAGCUGGUGGAUGAAUCAGACCCCGACACCAGUCUUCCGAACAUAGUGCACGCCUUCCAGACUGCUGAGAGGAUCCGGAUAGACCAUCCUGAUGAUGACUGGUUCCAUCUUACUGGACUCAUCCAUGAUUUGGGAAAGGUGAUGGCUUUCUACGGUGAGCCUCAAUGGUGUGUGGUUGGAGACACAUUCCCCGUGGGCUGCAAGUGGGCCAAGUCUAUUGUGUACGGACCUGAGAGCUUCAAGGACAACCCUGACACUUACAACCCCAAAUACAACACUGAAUACGGAAUGUACGAGCCCCACUGCGGUCUGGACAACUUGCUGAUAUCCUGGAGCCACGACGAGUACAUGUACCAGUUCCUCAAACACAACAAGAGCAAGAUCCCUGAGAAGGGACUGUACAUGAUCAGGUACCACUCAUUGUACCCAUGGCAUGCGGGCGGGGACUACCGCCAUCUUACCAACGAGAAGGAUGAACAGAUCCUACAGUGGGUGCUGGAGUUCAACAAAUAUGACCUGUAUACCAAGAGCACUAAGGUCCCCGACAUCGAAGCCCUCUGGCCCUACUACGAGAAACUGAUCGACAAGUACAUUCCUGGAGUCUGCGAGUGGUAGACUAGAAGACUAUUAUCAGCAUUAGAGACAAAAUAACACUGAACAUAGACCCUGUAUAUCUCCAUCUUACUCUAACACGAAAUGUUGAUGACAUUAUUAUUCUAAUGUUCUAAAUUUUAUUUUAAAUUUCCGAUAACC